AUGCACAAGCAGAACAACGUCUCAGAUGAUGCCCUAAGGUUGAGGGUGUUCAAGUACUCACCGGCUGGGGAAGCAAGGAAAUGGCUUCAAAAUUUGCCACCAAAUUCCAUUCAUUCUUGGCCUGAACUUGUCCGAGCAUUCUUAGCUAAAUGGUUCCCGCAAAGCAAGAAAUCUGAGCUCCGGGAUAAAAUUUUCUUUUUCAAGCAACUACCGGGAGAACAUCUACAUGAGGCAUGGGAUCGAUUCAAGUUAUAUUUGGUGAGGUCACCUAAUCAUGGUUUUUCGGAUUCUAUCUUGUUGGAGAAAUUUUACAUGGGUUUAGAUGCUAUGAACCAAUCUAUAGCCAAGAAUGCAGCUGAUGGAUCUUUUAUGGAUAAGACAUUUGCAAGGAUCACACAAAUCCUUGACAAAAUGGCAAAACAUAACCAAGCUUGGCACUCAGAGGACACCACAGGUGGAAUUGCAUAUGGUACUCCCUCCUUGACCAACAUGAUUAAGGAGAACCAAGAAAGAGAUCAAGUAAUUGCAGGGCUAGCCACCAAUGUCAAUGUGUUGACAAAGAUGUUCACUGAAAGCCAAACGAAGAAGGUAAAUGUGGUGGAAGAUUUUCAACCCACAUCAAAUGAAGAUUAUGAGGAAGCAAACUAUGUCAACAACUCUCAAGGAGGCUAUCAAAUGCAACAAUACCAAGGUCAAGGACAACAAAAUCAAUGGAGGCCUAACCGCAAGGGCAAGAGUUCAAACCCUUAUGUUCCACCAAAGGGGCAAUAUUCAAAUCAAGGUUCGUCAAGUGAUUCCAAGUUGGAAACCAUGCUUGAACGAGUACUGCAAAAUCAAGAAAGGUCCGACACUUCAAUAAGAAAUAUGACCGAACUUGUCGGUUCUCAUACCGCAUCCAUUCAAAAAUUGGAUAUGUAA